AAUGGACGCUGGACUGAGGGAAAUGUACCCAGAUGGGUAUUCCAAUUGAAGAUGCUGUUAACUGUGAUCAGUUUUUUCAAUUAUGCUAUUGCUAACGCUGGCCAAUGUUAUUAUUGUUCGCUAGCUAGCUAUUGUUUUUCAUUAUCGAUGAUCACAGAAGCUGCUGUGAGUACAAACGCUCUCGUCGCCAUGUCUGUUUAUGUUUAAUGCAAACAAUUGGGAAUGUUCGUAUAAAGCCGUUCAAAUUGAACUGUUCAAAGAAAACGAACAUUCGCCUCUGUUCCCUGAACUUGAACGCACCUCAGGUUGUUCCAACUUCAUCACGUGGUACCGGCAGCUCUCCCUUGUUCUAAACGUUCGCUUUUUCAAGUAGGCAGUUUGAGCUAGGCGACCGAUAACCAAGGCAAGCGAGUGCGGUUUCAGGAAGAUCCAAUCUUUAGGAGACUCUCUUCUGGGAGUCCUCCUCCCGGCCAGGAGGGAGCGACCCUUGUCGGCUUUGGCCAGUACAAACUGGACACGCUGAGGGACCUCUACGAUUCGGAGGACAAGAGCAAGAUCACAUAAGUGCCAUAAAAUAUUGUUUUCUAUAGCAGGCGUUCUUAUUGCAAGCAGAGAAUGCCACCCAGCUCUACACAAAGCUGUGCGAGGGGCACAGCGAAGCCUGGAUGCGGCGGUCCAUGCAGUACCUCGGCGAGUGCGAGCACUUCCUGGCCACGGGCUCCGAGCGGCGUGCAUUCCCUCCACCCCCUCCCAUGCCGCCGGUGCCCAAGCCCGUCUGGCUGCUGAGCGUGUACUGCUAUGAUGUGUGGUCGCGGCUGGACGAGGUGAAGGCCAGGGUCACCUCCACAUUCGGAUCCAUAUUGAAAAUGGAUUCGACAAAGAAGAAGCUCACCGGUGUCGCUGCAGACACGGCGUCCUAGGCAACGAGCGUCGGAAACGAGUUCGGGCAGGUCCUCAUUACGGUGCUGACCGUUUCCGAGGGCGAGGGCCUGCUGCCCAUGGCUGCCAGCUUAAUGCAGCAAUACCGAGUCGCCGGGGUGGCACCCCCCCAGCUCAUCUACAUGGCCCGGGACUGCUGCUCUACAUUUGGCGGGUCGAAGACAGCUGCCGUGUUCCAUGAAUGGGACGAGCUGGUGGUCAGACUGGACGUGUGGCGGCAGUGCUCGCGGAUUAUAUCCACAUCCGCGAGCUCGUGCUGGACAACCCGAGGCUGAUGGCCCAGACCGCACUGCAGCUGUUUGAGCUGAACCAGCGCACUCUCUCCCAGUGGUUCUCCCGGAGGCAGAAGGAGUGGGAGAGAACUGUGCUGGAGCAGCUCCUUCGGGGUGACGAGGUGAGUGGACAUCCGCCAUUCAUCUUCGUCACCCCACAAGACCGGUCGCGCCAGGCCACCCAGCACAGACGGAUCGCUCACGCGCCCAUCCUGCCAUCCUCCGGCGUCCCAGCCCAGCUCGACACCGCCGCGCCCACUGCAGCGCCACCGCCCGUUUCGCGGACAACAGCGUGGCGGCGGCGCAAAGAGGCGGAGAGAGCAGGGGCGGGAGGCGCCAUUCCGUCAAAGCGGCGGAAUCCGGUGGAGUACAUCUGCGCGCGGUGCAAACAGCCGAAGCGGCGGCAGUUUGGUCACAGCCCCUUCGGCAAAGUGUCUUUCUGCGCCACCGCCGCCGGAAAGUCUGUGGAGGAGUGGUUGGCAGAGAUGAAGGACGUUCGGGAGCGAAGCGCCCAGGGGCGCUGAUCCACCUGCUGGGUGGCAAACGCUUUAUCCCUGUAAAUAGUUCUGUGUUUUGCCCUCUACUCUGACCUUGACGAGGUGUAGGGGCUUGCGUGUGCUAAUGACUCUCAGAGCUAUAUUGCCUGCAGUCUUUGGACUGCUGGUAGGGACACCCAUGGCAAGCAGGUCUGCGGCGAAGCACCGGACGAAAGCCGGUCUGGAACUCUUGGUUGCAUCAGAAAGCAGGUGUCCCCUGGUUCUUCAUUUGUAAUGGACUUUUAUGGACACUGCCAAGAUGUGCAUCAGUGUUUCACAGCUUUCCUAGUGCUGUUAACAUAUUCCUAUUUUUGUAUAAUGUUCAGCACAAAUAUUUAUGUUUUUGAAAGCAAUUUUGUUAUGGUUUCUGAGCUUGACAACUUUCAAGGAUGCUCAUUUCAGUCUUUAAGUGUUUAAGAGUUGUGAACAGUUGCGUUGAUUCUGCAUCCUUGUGCGUGCACCUCAAGACAGUAAUUGUAUUUUGAAUUGUAUUUGUAUCUUUGGCCCAAUCACCUUUGUGUGGAUGCCAAAUAUCAUGUAUAUCAUUGGUUUACCCAGCAAAACAAACUACGUCGAGUGAGUGAAAAGGCAAACGUUCAUGUUUAUUCUUUUUUGUUGAAUUGUUUUAUUGAAUACAACUUGACGCAUUACAUGUCAUACAUCUGCAAGCAUGGACGUUCAUGAUUUAGACGCCAGUUGCUGCAUCUCUGUAAAAGUCACAUCUACUGCAAAAAUCUAGAAAUCUGUGUAUUGUAUGAGAAAUGUACUGGAUCAAUAAACAUGCACAGAUGAAGUGCUAAAAGCCAA